UCGAAGCUUCGCUCUGUCGGGACGGGGGUGUCUGUCCUGUCGCUGCGGUGGGAUUUGUCCUCGGUCCGUGCGGUGGAACUUUACUCCGGUCCCGGACUUCAUGAUCCGGACUCGGACUCGGGGACCCGGUGUUGGACGGAGCCAUGAGCGGAGAGUCGGUCCCGGCGGACUUCUCGGGACACAUGCUGGACCUGGACGAGGACGACGACCUGGAGGUUUUCUCCAAGAACACGUCGCUGGCAGAUGGAAGCCCCAUGCCCAACUCUCCCGGCUCCAUGGUCAACCAGUACCGACUGGAGGAGGACGAUGAGGAGCCGCACGACGACAUCACCAAAGACAUCUUCGUCACUGUGGAUAACCCAGAGAGCCAGGUCACCGCCAUCGAGACCUUCGUCAUGUACAGGGUCGUUACCAGGACCACACGCAGUGAGUUUGACUCCUGUGAGUAUGAGGUGCGUCGCCGCUACCAGGACUUCCUGUGGCUCCGCAGCAAACUGGAGGAAGCCCACCCGACGCUGAUCAUCCAUCCUCUUCCAGAGAAGUUUGUGAUGAAGGGGAUGGUGGAACGCUUCAACAACGACUUCAUUGAGACCCGGAGGAAAGCUCUGCACCGCUUCCUGAACCGGAUCUCCGAGCACCCGAUCCUGUCCUACAGCCAGACCUUUAAGGUCUUCCUCACAGCGCAGGAUCUGACCUCUCAGAGGAAGCAGGGUCCGGGCUUCCUGAGCAGGAUGGGGGAGACGGUCCGAGCCGUGGCCAACUCAGUGCGAGGCGUGAAGAGCCGUCCCGAGGAGUUCACCGCCAUGCAGGAGUACGUGGAGGACUUUGGGAACAAGAUCAGCACCGUGGACAAAGUCACCCAGAGGAUCAUCAAGGAGCAGAGAGAGUACCUGGAUGAGCUGAAGCAGUAUGGCCCCACCUACUCUCAGUGGGCGGAGUUAGAGGAGCACCUGUGUGACCCCCUGGGGGGCGUGGCCGGCUGCGUGGAGCGCUGCGGGAAGGAGACGGAGGACCAGAUCCGGCACCUGUCCGAGGCUCUGCUCCCGGUCCUGCACGAGUAUGUGCUGUGUGCCGAGACCGUGAAGGCUGUCAUGAGGCGGAGAGACAACAUCCAGGCCGAGUUCGACACCAAGAGCGAGGCCCUGCUGACCAGGAAGGUGGAGCAAGAAGCACUGCAGGACGAGGUGGACGGCCUGGCGGACCGGGUGGAGGCGGCCAACAACGCCCUGCGGGGGGACUGGAGCCGCUGGCAGGACAGCAUGAGAACUGACCUCAGAUCAGCUUUCGUCUCCACCGCGGAGAAGAACGUGGAGUACUACGAGAAGUGCCUGGCGGUGUGGGAGUCCUUCCUGCUGUCUCAGAGAGGCGACGACACCGAGCUGAGAGACGACGGCGGCGCUUCAUGAAGCGGUCUGCGUGCCGCCGACCAAAACCACCCAAUGAAGACUUGAACCACUGUCCACGUACGAAACAAGCACACUUUAUUUCUCUUUCUCUACAGAUAAUUUUUUUUUUUCUCUCUCUGGCCAAACAAGUUUUUUCCAGUUCUCCUCCAUUCCAGUGAUGAUUGAACAUCACUAAAAUGAACACUGUGACCAGAACAAGACGAGUGUUUACCUUCAUCCUCCACGAAGCCAAAGCUUCUUUUGCUAAUCAGUUAGACGGCAUUUCCCACAAUUCCAUGAGAAAGAGCCACACUAGCCGGACCGAGUCGAGGCACGCAGUGUAUGAAGCUGUACGAAUGAAGUUAGAUUUUGUGGGAAAUUACUAACUAAUUAACUCGUUCCAUGAAAUGGGACAGAACCUCUGAUGCCAACGUUGUAACCGAUGUGCCAGUGUCCAAAUGUCUACACAGACUGAACGACACCCAAAACCUUAACUUUCUAAAUAACAAGCCUUAAUUAAGUUCAGGGACGUCCGAACCAAACUGUCAGAGUGUUGAAAGCUUGAGCCAAAGUCCUCAUGAACGACCAAAUAUCGCGAGCCGCUUGUCGGCUGUUUGGAGAAAGAACCUGAGAAGUUUUGUUGGUACUUUUGUCUUCCUCGCUCUGAAUUCUCUUCAUCUGUAAACUGUACCAAACUGGCAGAGAGUUUUCUCCGAUAACGCCACAGAACUCUGUGAAGGCCGGUGGAAGUUGAAUUCUUGCUGACGGCCGCGCAGCCUGAUGAAAACGUCUCGUGUAACGGAGUGAGCGCCUCGGCGGUCAUACCGCCGAGUUAAUGUCGAGCUUCAGCUCCUGUUUGAUCAAUAAUGUGGAGAAAAUGACCGAACAGCAGAGCUGAAGGUGAGAAUGCCUUCAUUUCCAGUUAAAUCUGUUUUUCUUUCUUCUUCUUGUGUGAAUCAGCACUUUUUAUCUGCCUUUAAACAUUCAGCGGAGCAGCUUUAAAUGUUUGUCGACAGAGAUUUCAAGUUUACAGCAUGAUGAAGACGAGUUUUCUAACUGAUCACUACAAUAAUCCUUCACACUGAAAUGAUCAUCUCUCUUUCUUUCUUUUGUCUUUAUCUGAAAAUGACUUUGAGGUGUUGAACUAACAAUAAAGAUCUGACACUAUGA